CUCUAGUUCGGUCGUCUUGCGAUAAGAAACACAAUCUGCCGCUGUCAGCCGGUGUCGUGCCGGUAGGUAAAAACGAGUGUACAGUUUGACUUCUAAAUAAUCUGAUUUUCGCCGGUUGAUGCCAUGGUUAAUUUAACCGAUUUACGAUAAUAGCCUGCCUGCCCUACAGUAGGACAGACUCAUUUAUGAAACCGAUCGAUAUUGAUUGCAUGGAUAUUUGUGUUAUAAAAUGUCACGUCAAUUUGAAGGAGUUUGCGGAAUUAAAUGAUGAUUCCAAUUGAGAUGCACUGAGCCCUGGUGCUGGCUGCCUGGGCAGAGGAUCCCUGUUGCUAGGGAGACUUCACCACAGAGACAUGGCACUUGAGAGAGCAAAUAGAGGAGGGGCCAGAAGAAACCCUCACCUAGGGUAAACUACAGAGACAGGAGAGAGAAGAAGAGGUGGAGAGAGGAGAGGUCCAAAGAGGAAGAAAGGACUGAGGGAAGAGAAGGAGAGUCUGUCAGUCUCAGGAUGGGUUAUGACCUAGAGAGGUUUGUGGGGUACGUGAACGAGGGGCUUCUGUGCUGUGUGUGUCGGGAUGUGUUGGAGCGCCCCCUCCAGGCCCCUUGUGAACAUGCCUACUGCGACGCCUGCAUCAGCUCCUGGCUCAUACACCACCACUCCUGCCCUGAGGACAGACUUCCACUGGACAUCAGCACUCUGAGACCACUGCACAGGUACAUGCGUAAUGACCUGUCCAGGCUCCAGAUCCGUUGUGUUUACUCUGGCCAGGGUUGUGAUGCCGUCUGCUGCCUGGAGACACUUCACAUACACGAGGACGAGUGUCCAUUCACCUUCAUAUCCUGUUCCUCGACAGGUUGUUCGGUGCAGGUGGAGAGGAGGGGUCUAGAGUCUCACCUGUUAGAGUGUGAGUUCCGCAGCAGGGCGUGUCCUAGCGGCUGUGGCCACACUCCCCUCUCUGUAGACCAAUCACAGCACAACUCUGUUGCGGAGCUACGAACAGAAUUGGAGCUGCUCAGGGCAGAGAUGUUGGGUAAGGUGGAGGAUGUGAGGCGUGAGAUGGAGUCGAGGCUGGACUCUCAGAGGAGACACAUGGUGCAGAAAGAGUCUCUGCUGAAGAGCGAGGUGGAGGACCUCAAGGGCCAGGUGUCGAGGGUGGUGUGUGAUGUGCGGGCUCUCUUGGGGGAAGAGCGCCUGCGGAGACAGGAGCUGGCAGAAGCGGAUCUAGAGAAGAGGGAGCUACUGGAGAUACUCCGGAGCCUGCAGCCAUGCAGGGGACAGCGGAAUAGAGACGAGACAAUCAGAGGACUGCAUCAAGAAGACGGGACAAUUAGGAGCCAGCAUCAAGUGGAACACCCAACCAGGGGCCUGCUGAGGGCGGGGCCAACACAGGCUUCAACCCAAUCACUACCCUCGGCUUUGCCCACUCCAGCCUUAUACCCGCCUACCUCCCCACAGCCAGGGGAGGGGUCACGCAAGGCCCGCCCCCGCAGCCUUACCCUCGACUGCAUCAAGAGCAGAGAGGUCACCGUCAUCUGAGGGGCCAUUCCUAAUGUUACUGGGUUAUGUUCAGUAGGCACAAAUGAGAGAAAAUGCUUUAACUUCCUCAAUUCCUUCUUCAUUUAACCGUCACAAUUUUUUUAAAUCUGGUGUUGCAUCUCCUGAACCCACCCUUGAUGAUUGGCAGAUACCUGUGACAUUGCUUCAACUCAGAGAAAACCAGCCUUCUGAGAUCCUAAAUAAAGUCUGCUGAAACACCUCUGAUCUCUGUUCCUCUUAAGGUACAAUAGUCUUACUCCAUCUAUUCUAAUGGAUUGGAAUUAUAUACAGCUCAUCAUGGAUUUCUUACAUUGCAUAUACACCAUGCAUCAAUCCCUCUGUCAAUCCAACCAUCAAUCCAUCCAUACUAACAUACCACAGUGAGGAACACUAACACACUACUCCAGACAGCGCUCUCAAUCACAGAACUUUAUUGAGUCUGAACAACAAUGUAAAAGAACUAAAACAUAAUACAACAAAUUCCACACAUCAUCAUCAAUAGAAUCCCACAGAGGACACGUUUCCAUGGAGAUGAUGAACUCAUUAUUCCUGAUUGGUCCGUUAAGAGCCGUGACGGGCUGCAGUCAUUGGCCAGGUUUGUUUACCUGGUGAAGGAGCGAACGUGUCGUCCCCUCCCUCCUCCGCUGCCUCCCCCACCGCUAAACUUCCCCCCCUGGGACCCCCUCCCCCCUCCUCCCUGACUCAGCCAUGACAGGCCUGUACCCCCACGACCUCGAGGGGCGCGGUCCCGCGGAGCCAGGCGAUAUGCACCUGGAAGAGAGGGAGCGAGAAGAACAAGGGUGACCAUCAGUAAUUGUGCAUGAAAGUGUUAUCUUGUAUUCAUGUUGUUCUCUGAAUAUGUAUGUGUGUGCUUAUACAGUAUGUACGUGUGCAAACGAGCAUGUGUGUGUGUGUACCUGCAGGCUGCUGGCGUGAGGGCAGGGGGCCGCGUGUGAAGUUGCUCUGCCCGCCCCUGGCAUCACUGUAUGUUCCUCUGUGGGUAACCGGUGGCAACAGACCACUCCACGACGUGCCACCUCGCCCACCCUCACGGCGGGCAUUAUAGUUACCUAGAAGGGAGGGGGAUGGGAAGACAUGUUAGUCAAAGUUUCUUUAAAAGACAACAGACCCACUUGUUAAUUUACAGCGAUCUGUUUGUGUGUGUGUGUCAACAUACCAGACAGCAGCACUCCUUUAGGCUGCGGUGGGGUGAAAAAGCGUGUCUGCUGGCUGUGGAAAGCAGCCCUGCCUCUGUUCCCAGUGAACAGGCCUCUGGUGGGGGGUUUGGGGGAGCUCUUAGGGGGUCGCUUGGGGGGCAACAGGCCCAGGGGAGUCCCAACAUCUUUAAACUCCGCCGCCACAAAGUCAUCCACGUGCAUGCUGGGAGGGCGCGAAGUGUUCUGUUUGCGCUGCCGGAAGAUAUCGUUGGAGCGAAAGGGCUGUCCCCCGAAGCCCCCCCUACCUCGACCGCGAGGAGCAGCCAUCAUGUGGGCUCUCUUAGCUGGCUCGAUGUAGUCUGACUUACCACUGCAGGGAGGAAGAGGACGACACAGGCAUCUUUGUUAACAUGUGGGUCACAUACAAUCACAUUAUGUACCUGAAGGUGAUAAAAGUGUGUGUGUGUGUACCUGGUGAUGAAGGUCUCGUGUUUGUGCUUGCCCAGCCUGAAGCCCUUGUUAGUUUUGGUAUGACUGGGAGACAAAGGCUCAGACAGGAAGGAGCGUUCCAGCUCUGACUUCAGGUCCAACUCUGGACAACACUCCUGGGCCAGGCCUAGCAGGUCCACCUUCACCUAGAGACAGAGAGGUUUACUCACACACACACACACACACACACACACACACACACACACACACA